CCACACUGCUCCCGAUGCUCCCAAUGCCUUUGUUCACGACGUUUCAGUGCUUCGCAACUUCCUCGCCGACACACGCAAGGACGACGCCACCGUUUAGGUCCCCGUCCCUAAGGUUCUACCGCCGCUUCCACCUCCGUCCAACGUUGUUCCUCUUGAGUCCGCCUCCAUGAAGGCCAAGUGCAUCGCCCUCCAGCACAAGGUCCCGAAGGAACACGCCGCAUCGUCAUCUGACAACACACAAAAAUUGGUGCACUGGAGCCCCGAAUUGGUUACCGAAUCCACCUUCACCUCUUCCCCUCACAAACCGCGCUCCAAUCCAUACUUUUCCUCUUCUUCUUCCUUCUCCCAACCUCCCACAACGUUCAUGGAGACGGUGGUGACUGUUCGCAAUGUGCUGGGAAGAUGGGGCAAGAAGGCCGCAGAGGCUACUAAGAAGGCUGAGAGUCUCGCUGGAAACGCGUGGCAGCACUAUAAUUUUUCUGUUUAGUUCUUUUAUUUUUAAUUUUGUCGUUUUUAUUUGUUUUUAUUAUGCUCUUUUCAGACAUGCAAUUUUGUCGUGGAAACACUUUAUAGACUAUGAAUUUGGAAGAUUUUGAACUGAACUUGAGCAAUUAUUUUGUAGGAAAGAGUUGAACUGCAGGAGUUUUCGCAAGGAUCGUGCCCUCCUAGCUUGGCUUUGCAAGGGAUGUUGUGGUCAACUAUUGGU